GCCGAAGCUUCAUCAUCAGAACCAAACGCUUUUUCAUCUUUUGGUUUCGCUGCUGAUUCUCAACAAGGGCGCCAUGUUGGUAGUGAAGAUCUCCGCUGUCCUUGUUGCCUACGCUCUUCUUCUGUGCCACGCCCACCGCUCACAAGCCGCACCCACAAGUUCUAGGUCUGGUCUGGACUCGAUCUCCCUGUCGGACUUGGAGGUCAGGAGACUUCUUAACGCAAUUCUUCGAGAGUUUGUCCAAAUGAGUGCUGAGGAGGAGCAAGACGCCACCAGUACUUUACAGAAGCGUGCGUGUAACACGGCCACAUGUGUCACUCAUCGUCUGGCUGACUUCUUGAGUCGUUCGGGCGGAAUGGGAAAUGCCCACUUUGUUCCAACCAAUGUGGGAGCCAAGGCCUUCGGAAGGCGGAGACGGACCGCCCACUGACACGUCAAGAGGCACAGACUCCGCCCACGGCCAUGCCCCACAACAGAGUUAAAGGAGUGACAGGAAGUCUCCCGAUGCAGAUCAAACCUUCAGAAUAAGAUCCGGUCUCAGAUCCAGGACUCAUCCUUUCAAAAUAAAAGCCUGAAGUCUCCAGUCAAAGCACUUUAUGUUGAAAGAGAGAG